GCAGAGCGUUCACAGUUCGCCAUCUGAUUGAGCUGUAGAGGAUUGAACGACAGGUGACAUUUGAGCUUUGGGACGGACGACACACGCUCUUGGACUUGGGCCAAGUCAACAGCAACCUUAGCCACCACCCGACCUACCCGGUAUGACCACCUCGAUCAUUCUGUCAUGAGCUACGCACGAUAGCAUGAGGCUCUUUGCUGCAGGCUUUAAUACCUGGAAUCAAUUGGUCUUUGACCCAAGCCUGAUAAAAAGCGAGCCUGAAGACCUUACCGAGGCCGAAGUCAUUCUGGAAAACGCAAAUGUCCAAGUUAUUGCGAUUUGGCCAGCCCACACGUUGCUACGAACAGAUCAAGGCUUGCAACAAGCUGGUGCUUCAACCAUCCAGCCGAGCGAUGUCACGGAAUUCACCAAGAUCAUUGUGAACGGAGCCGGGGAAGGAUUGAAAUUUGAGAAUAAGACACAUGGGUCGAGCAUACGCAUUUUUACAACCUUCGGAACAGCUCUAGAUGACAUACAGAGAGGCCAAUGGGAUUUUGACAAGACCAUAUCGCAGGUCGCUCCAUACGAUGUGGGUUGGGUCAUUCUGUUCGACGACGGGUCGGUAGGCACGGUUGGCGAUCCUAGAUUUGCGGACUGCCUGGGCAGAGAAGUCACAGCAGAAAACCCUGCCGAGAGGCCCGCCAAGGUCCAGGACUUGGAUGGAUUGGGAGAGCCUGUUCGAAAAGUGGCAGCUGGGGGCUAUACCGUCAUGGCCUUGACACAAUCAGGCGGCUUGUAUGCGUGGGGAGCGCAAGCACCUGGUUCACACCGGCAACAACUUCCCAUCGCUGCCCUCAACGGAGUUCCCAAUUAUGUGGAAGUGGACGGUGAUGUGGACAUUCAGGAUAUCGCGGUUGGAGAGUGCCAUGCUAUAACCCUAUCGACCGAAGGCGAGGUGUUCGUUUUGGGCGGCAACCGUAAUGGCCAACUCGGUUUGGGACAAGCUGCCACAGACCAUGUUUCGUCAUGGACAAAGCUGGAUAUUCCUCUUCGUGAGAAUGAGCGUGUAGUUGGCGUUUUUGCUGGCGCUCGAUCAUCAUUUCUCCUAACUGAAGAGGGGACGAUUGAUCCGUAGAGUGAUUGCAACGCACGCUCUGUUGAGCUACUGCAACUCUUUCUAUUUUACAUUGCCAUGUAUUUCCCAAUGCGCUGUGUCGUCAAACGUAUCAUAGACUCGUCAAGUAAUCCUCAAUUU